AGUUUAAAGGAUGAGAAUAAGAAAGUCAAAAAAUCUCCCGAUAGCUGGAGUUCUUUUUUUAUUGAUUUUCCUUCUUUGGAGGGUUGGAUUUUUCCACCGUGGGUUUGACUUUGUACCUGUGACUACCAGAAGCAAAGGCGUUCAAAAGAAGACACCUAUGAAAAACUCUCAUAUGUCCUCGUGGUCAAAAUGUCAACAAAACACAUCUACCGCCAACACCCCAGGAUUCCAAACACUUCCUCAGCAUAUCAAGGAUUUCCUCUACUAUCGCCACUGUCGCCACUUCCCCAUGCUACUGGACAUUCCGGACAAAUGUGGAGGAGCUGACAAAUCUGGAGAAGUCUUUCUUCUUCUGGUCAUUAAAAGCUCUCCGGGGAACUAUGAACGCAGAGAGGUGCUGCGCAAAACGUGGGGUGAAGAGAGGUUACACAACGGUGUGUGGAUUCGACGGAUCUUCAUCUCAGGAACGACAGAGAGCGGGUUUGAGAAGGAAAGGCUGAACAAACUCCUGGAGCUGGAGCAACAGGAGCACAACGACAUCCUCCAAUGGGAUUUCAGUGACACAUUUUACAACCUUACAUUGAAGCAGAUACUCUUUCUUGAAUGGAUGGAAAGGAACUGUCCCAAUGCUCACUUCCUGUUGAAUGGUGAUGACGACGUCUUUGCCAACACAGACAACAUGGUCGAGUAUCUGCAAAGCCUCAAGGACAAUGAUGGAAGCCAGCACCUCUUUACUGGCCAUCUUAUCCAGGGAAAAGGGCCUAUUAGAGGGAAUAACAGCAAGUACUAUAUUCCUGUUCAGGUGCAUGAGUCCGACUCAUACCCUCCUUACUGUGGGGGUGCAGGCUACCUCCUGUCUCACUAUACAGCUUUGGUCAUAUACAAAAUGUCAAAAUCCAUUAACCUUCUUCCCAUUGAUGACGUUUACAUGGGGAUGUGUCUGGCCAAAGCAGGACUUGGUCCUGUGUCCCACAUGGGCUUCAAGACUGCUGGACUGCACAUCCCAUCAAAUAAAGUGGAUCUUUAUGACCCCUGUUAUUACAAAGACUUUUUACUAGUACACAGAUUUCUCCCGGCUAGGAUGUAUUUUAUGUGGCAUAAAAUACACGAUCCUAAUCUAAAAUGUGGCGAUAGUAGCAAUCGCUGAAGAUUCAUAUUUUCU